ACGAAGAUCUUGACGAACAUGUUUGUGGCUUUGUUUCUCCUGAAUUUAUCCUUUUUGUCAAACGAGAGCGUCGCCAACACAGAAGUCAAGGUUGCGUGUGUCCUCAUAGCGCUGCUCAUGCAUUACUCCAUGCUGACUACAUUCACCUGGUUCUUCAUUCAAGCUCUUCAUAUGUACUUAUGGCUCAUCAGACAGAACAUCACCAUCACAAACUACAUGACGAAGAUCACCGUGUUCGGCUGGACAUUUCCAGCUCCUAUAGUCGUAGCUGUUGUUUCAAUAGGAGGAUAUAAAACAGUGAUUAUAAACACAACGUCUGGAAAAACCACACGAAUGUGCUGGAUUACAGAUCCUUUCAUUCACUACGUAGUGAACAUUGGCUACUACACUUUAGUUUUCAUCUUCACGACAGGAAUCUUCAUCACUAUCUUCACUAGGAUUGUCCAAGCCCGACACAUAAGAGCUCCUGAUGGCAAGAGAAAGACAUUCAGAAAGCAGCUCAUGAUGGUGUUGAGUUUGUUCCUGCUCUUCGGCCUGACGUGGGCUGUGGCGUUCUUCAGUUAUGGAGUGAUGCUCAUUCCCUCAUAUUACAUCUUCACUGUGCUGAACUCGUUUCAGGGGUUUUUCCUCUUCCUGUAUUACUACCACAUUCACAAAGACGUAGAAGGUCGCUUCUCUGAUGAUCCAGAAAGGUCCAGCUCCACCACAACCAUCGUUCAAUCCAGAAAUAAUGCUGUGGAAAAUCUUUAUAACUAGCAUAAUUAAGACAGAAACCCAUGUUGUCUCUUAGACAGCUGAUAUGUAGUCAGUAGAGUUUAAUACGUGUUUUCAAUAAUAAUCUGUGUCUAAUAUGCUGUACGGUGAGGGGAUAUAACUCAUAAUGGUAUUAUAAAUAGGAUCAUAAGCUUAAGACAUUUUAA